AUGGAAGCCUAUAUUGGUAGAAAUGAUUUGUGGGAGCCUAUAGAAGAUGAUUAUGAAGUACUUCCUCUUCUAAACAAUCCAACAAUUGCUCAAAUGAAACACCAUAAUGAGAGGAGACAAAGGAAAUCGAAAGUCAAAGCAAGUCUAUAUGCAAUUGUCACAUCCACAAUCUUUUCAAGAAUCAUGACAUUGAAAACGGCGCAUGAGAUCUGGAAUUUCUUGAAGAAUGAAUAUGAAGGAGAUGAAAAAAUCAAAGGGAUGCGAGUGUUGAACUUGAUUCGAGAAUUUGAGAUGCAGAAGAUGAAAGGAUCAGAAACUAUCAAGGACUAUUCUGAUAGACUCCUUGACAUAGUCAAUAAAGUAAGACUUCUUGGUACUAAUUUUUCUGAUUCUAGAAUAGUUCAAAAAAUUCUAGUUACAAUCCCUGAAAAGUUUAAGGCUACAACCAUGGCCUUGGAAAACUCAAAAGAUCUGUCAUGUAUCACCUUGGCAGAAUUGUUAAAUGCACUACAGGCACAAGAACACAGAAGGCUGAUGAGGCAAGAAGAAUCAGUGGAAGGUGCCUUUCAAGCCAUAUCACAAAACAACAACAGGGGCAAGAACAUGAAGAACAACAAAAAAAUGCCUGGAAACAACAAAUCUCAAGUAUUUCCGCUUUGCCCUUAUUGUAAAAAAACCAAUCAUCCACAAAAAAGGUGUUGGUGGAACCCAGAUGUAAGAUGUCACAAAUGUGGUCAGUUAGGGCAUGUGGAAAAGAUAUGCAAGUCUCAACAGCAACAAGGAAAAGCCAAGGCUGCGGAGAAUUAA